UUUGUCUUCGUCUGAAACCAUACAAGGCCUUAUUUACCUUUACUAACUAUCGUUACGGUGGAGAAUGACGUCGGAGAAGCUCCCUUACGGUCACCUCAUGCCGGAGAGAAGCACCCGCCGGGAACGCACGGGCGGCCCGCUCGGAUCGCUCGUAGGUGUUCUCGGCGCCGCCGCGGUGUUUGUUUCCGCCGUGGUGCUGGCCGUGAUCGUGCAGAACAUCGGGCAUGAGAUGGGGAAUCUCCGGGCCAAGAUUGGUAAACUACAAGCCCAGGGGCAGAAAGACCACGACGAGAUGGCUAAACUGCAAGAAAAGGUGGCCACCCUCGCGACAAAGGCCGAGACAAGCGACGCAGAGAUAAUCAAGCUCCAAGCCCAGGCUCAGAAAGACCACGACGAGAUUGGUAAACUGCAAGCCCAGGCUCAGAAAGACCACGACGAGAUUGGUAAACUGCAAGCCCAGGCUCAGAGAGACCACGACGACAUGGCCAAACUCCAAGCUCGGGCCGAGAAAGACCAAGAGGAGGUCCUGUCUCUGAGGGAGAGGAUCGUCGUGCUGGAAACACAGGUCCGAGGCGCGACUUUCCUGCCAAACUACGCUGAACAACAACAAAUGUCCCAUAGCCCUGAGGGAGGACAGUCUGGGCACGUCGGCGAGGCUGACACCGGGGGACAGAACAACAACGCCACGGUGGGAGGACUUGCGCACAGGCGCUCCAAGAGAGAUUCGCCCAACUGGGUCAGACUCCCGUCUGGAUCAGGUAGAGUACAUUUAUUUUCAGGCGUACUCUGUUGUGAGAACCAGCCGGGACGGGAUGGGCGGGACGGACGGGACGGAAUGGCGGGAGCACCCGGGCUGAAGGGUGAGUCUGGACAGAAAGGAGACAUUGGACUGCAAGGUCAUCAAGGGGCCAAAGGCCAGAAAGGCGCACAAGGGACAAACGGAUUAGGAGGCGCUGUUUAUGUCCGCUGGGGAAGGAAGACUUGUCCCUCUGGAGCAACAACUGUCUACUCUGGUGUUGCAGGAGGUGAAUGGUACGACCACCCCGGCGGCGGGACCAACUACCAGUGUCUGCCGACCGACCCACAGUGGGGACGGUACCAAGAUGGAGUCAACGAGUUCAGGGCUUUCAUGUUUGGCGCUGAGUACCAGUUGGGCACAAACGUCCCGUUCGGCUCCACCUCCCUUCACAAUCACAACGUCCCGUGUGCGGUCUGCUACGUCCCAACCCGGGGCAGUAAGUUAAUGAUCCCCGCCCGUAACACCUGUUAUAGCGGCUGGACCCGCGAGUACCAUGGCUACCUCAUGGCUGAACGCCACAACCACGCCGGCUCUAAAGAGUUCGUCUGCGUGGAUGAACAGCCAGAGGUGAUGCAGGGCGGACACGCCAACCAGGACGGAGCGCUGUUCUACCCCGUGGAAGCCCGCUGUGGGUCCCUGCCGUGUCCCCACUACGUGGAAGGAAGGGAACUCACCUGUGUCGUCUGCACCAAGUGAACUCUGUAUUCGUCACACUAGCUCCAUGUAUAUCUAUU